AUGGGAAAAAGGCUUCGACACAUGCUGAUUUUCCUUCUCAUUAUCCUGAAGGAACUCAACGUGCCAGAAGCUUUCUGCGACAAGUCAAUUCGGCCUGGUAUAUUCGCAAAUCUACCGGAGUUACAAUCUUUACAUCUGGACGAAAACCAGAUAACAAUGAUACAGCCUGGUACAUUUAAAAACUUACCCCAGCUACGAUUGUUGUGUCUGCAAGAAAACCAGAUAGGAAAUCUUCAGUCAGGUGCAUUUAGAAACCUACCCAAGCUACAAUCUUUACAUCUGGACGAAAACCAGAUAACAAUGUUACAAGCUGGUACAUUUGGCAAUAUACCCAAGUUACAGUCUUUAAGCCUGGAGGAAAACCGUAUCACAAUGAUACAGCCUGGUGCAUUUGGUAACCUACCCCAGCUACGUAAGUUAUAUCUGUACGAAAACCAGAUAACAAUAAUUCGGCCUGGUACAUUUGCAAAUCUACCACAGCUGCAAGAUUUGCACCUUGACGACAACCAGAUAACUACGAUCCACCCUGGUGCAUUUGCAAAUCUGCCCCUAUUUAAACGUUUGAAACUUCAGAACAACAAGCUGUCGACCUUUCCAUUGUCAGCUCUCAGCCCGUUCCUACCUAUUAUUACCAUCAAACUUGACCAGGAACCCCUGGCAGUGUGA